CGGCUGUCUCUUUUAGAGACGGCAACAUCCGGUGCUGGGAGUGGUGCUUCCGGGUUAGAGCUGUCAUAUCCCGUAAGGUGGAGUUGUAGUGCAGGGAUUGCUGUCUGGGGGCUAGUUUUCUCCGAUAUGAAGAAAUUCUUUGACGGAUUAAAGAGUGAUAUAAAGUUCAAGAGUGUGGGUCCGGGACACAAACUGAACGAAGAUAACAGGUGCAUCUUGCCACGCCGGCUCUGCCCAAAACUGCCUGUUGUCUGAGGAAGUUUGGCUGUAUUUUCAAUUCAUUUCAGUGGGAGGGGUUAUCUGUAUUUGAGGUGCAAUUUCCAGGGACAGGUGACUGGGCUGGAAAAUGUGCCUAAAGUUACAAAAGAACAAGCUAAACCUCGUAGACCACCUACAGGGGAGGCACAGAUAGCAGCAGCUUCUGCUGCAAUGGCAAGAAUGGAGUCAAUGCAGGGGCGGCCCAAGGGGCAGUUCAAGGAUACAGUAGGCAGGAAAGAGGUGAUUGUUGAACAGAAAGAAGAGGCUAUUGCAGCUCAAAAGCAGGAUAUUGAUACUGCAAGAAAGAAGUCCAGUUCUAUUUGUACCAUCCUGUUCAGAUGCCCACUUACUGAUGAACUGCUUAGAAAAGAGGAGAGAGAGGGCCACAUUAGAAAUGUUAUACAGGGGUUGUCCAACACAGAUCCCACAUCUGCUGCCAUUUUGAAGAUUCACACAUAUAACAAAGACAGAGAAAAAGUGAAAUUUGGAACUGAGACUAUAGCUAAAUACCUGAAUAACAUAAUCAGCCACCCUGAAGAAGAGAAGUAUUACAAAAUUAAACUGUCAAACAAGGUGUUUCAGGAGAAAAUCAGCUGUCUAGAAGGCUCACAUGAAUUCUUUGAGGCUAUUGGGUUUGAAAAGAGGACAAUCCAUGGACAAGAUCUACAGGAAGAUUUUUUUGUGCUGGGUAGUGAUGCAAUGAAAAACCUAGAUGCACUACAGGGGCAUUGUGAUGCAUUGUUGAGUGCAGAGCCUUUGAGAGUAAGUCUGGAAAGGCAACUGCGUAUUUUCAUGCCAUCCAUUGAAGCUGCGCACUUUGACCUUACCAGUGACUUCUUCAACCUGACAGCAGAGGAGAUAAAGAAGGAGCAAAGAGACAGGACAGAGCGGAUGGAAAGGAAUGCAAUGCUCAGAACCAAAGCUAUGCGAGAGCGGGAAGAACAGAGAGAAAUGAAGAAAUACAAUUACACUGUAUUGAGAAUCAAAUUGCCGGAUGGAUAUAUCUUGCAGGGCAUUUUCUUUGCACGCGAACGGAUUUCUGCUUUGUUUGAUUUUGUUCGUGAGCAGCUGCAAGAUGACUGGCUUCCUUAUGAACUUCUGGCUCCAGGGGGUCACAAAGUAAAGGAUGAGCAGGCUACAUUGAUAGAGUGUGGGCUGGUCCCAUCUGCACUACUGACUUUUCGAUGGGAUGCCGCUGUUAUGGCCGAUGUGGAGGCUGGGGGAGGGCACGGCUCAGUUAGUGUAAUAAAGCCAGAGCUUCUCUCAAAAGUAGAGCAACUCACAUAAGAAAGACAUCCAUCAUGCCGGAUGGGCGACAGAUUUUUUUUUUUGUGGCAUGUUGCAUUUCAGAUACAGGUAGGCAUAUACGCAGGGAACAUUCAAUUAUUACAGUUUUGUUUUUAGCCAAACUGCACACAGGCUAAAGAAUUGUCUUUGGAUGAAGGCAGUUAAAAGAAAUGACCAGGAUCUGUACCAAAGCAGCUUUUCAGACCAAUCAAUAAUGCACCAAACAGUU